AUGCCGCCCAAUCAUCUCGCUCGCUUGACAUUCUUUACCAGGGCUGGUUGUGGUCUAUGCGAUACAGCAAAGAACACUGUUAUUCAGCUUCGAAAGCGACGACCAUUCGAAUAUGUGGAAAAGGAUAUAAUGGAUGCGUCAAACAAACAGUGGAAGGAUGUUUAUGAAUUCGAUGUCCCCGUACUUCACGCGCAACCCACCAAGCCGGGUCUUCCGACGGAGGCUCAGUUAUCCGACGCCCGGAAAUUGUUCCAUCGGUGGUCUGAGCAGGAAUUGGAGAAACUUGUGAACGAGACUGAACAAUAA